CGAAUAUAUCACAAAAUUCAGGCCUGCGCCAAGGGCGAUGGGCUAAUGGAGCCCGACGUCACUAGGGAGCGCGAAAUACACAUCGUUGGGAACCCAUCAGAGUGAGAAGACCCUGCGACUACAAGUAUGCCAUGCUAAUUGCCUCUUAUCGGCAGCGAGGGCGAGAUGCAAGAUUUCAACCUGAGAAUCGAAAAUCACCUGGACGACAUUGGGCCCUAUGCCAUCACGAUGGCAUCCCAACAUUUGACCGUUGGGGGUCUCAUGCAAUUCGACGUCCUCUUGGCCGGUCCGCCUACUCCACUUCUCAUUCGCUCCUUGUCUGCGUUCAUUAUUGCAAAGUACCAUUUAUCAUCCAUUCAGAAUCCAAAGAAAACACCACAGACCGUGGAGCAUAAGAGACGCAUCUUCCUUGUCGAUUACUCCAACCCCCCUGAUCGUCAUGCAAUACACGAUGCUGAAGGGAACAAACGGAUUCUACACAGUCAUGAUGGCCUGAACCAGACGCAUAGUAACGCACCAUCUACAUCAUCACCAGUCACGCCCCAAGGACCUUCCUCGGUACCUUCAGUCCCACCACGCACUCCUGUGCCUCGACGACGUUUUUCGGAACGCGACACCUCAGUGCCUUCCCACUGUGUGCGUCAUGAUCAGCGAAGGUCGACGAUACCUCCCGUCGCCGUAACAAAGCUGUCCCCACUUCACGCUUUACCAUCCGCAACGUCGUAUCACAUUUCACACCUGGCCCGACUGCCUAGUGAUGAAUUCAUACGACCUUCAACGCUAAAAGGAACGAACACACCCAUCGAGAUAUCUCAUGACAUUGUUCUUGAGUUGAAGUUUGAGCAUCCAGAAAGUGAAAACGACGUUAAAGUACUAAAGGUCUCAAAAUCCCUGACGAUAUCUUCGUGUUGUUGCAUGAUUGAAUCUUUGCUUGUCCCAACAUACUCGGAAACAGACUCGAUCCCAUCCACUCCACUACCUGCUUCCCCUGUUGAUGCUUCUCCCACUAUGUCUCUAAGGUCUUUUGCCCCUCGAUGGCAGGACAACUGUGUUUGCGAACGGCCCACCGAUUGGCUCAUUGCAACGCAGAAGUUGCUUGGAGGUGGGAAGACGGAAGAAUGGGAAGUGAGGGGCAUGGGCGGCUGCCCCAAUGCAAGAGAAAAAGCGGAAUAUCAGCAGGUAACUGAACAUAAUGACGUGUAGCAUUCACCAGACCGCUUCAGCUGCCUCUCCAUGUUUGAGGUACCAAACGAUCCCUUUGAAUUAUUGGGCAACAUCGAUUUUGCGGCAAUGUUUCCAUCAGGUACUAUAAUUCAAGAGCACAUUGUUUGCUUGAGAAUUGAUCACCUUCGACAAUAAUAUGGAUGAUACGCUUCGGCGCAUGUGAACUCAGCCUCUUAAUUCAUCCCUUCAGUUUGAUUGCCAAACCGAUUGCUCA